AGACCGGGGCGGUACUGGCACAUGCACAGGUGCAGAUACCUUAUCGCUGUUGCCCUGGUUUUAAGGGACACACUGGAAAAAAGAGGAGCUCUUGCCCAAAUCAAAGCGAGGAUCAGAGCUGAAGUGUUCAAUGCCUUGGACGACCAGAGCGAGCCGCGGCCGACGCUGCCCCGGGAGAACCUCCUGAUCAAUGAGCUCAUUCGGGAAUACCUGGAGUACAACAAGUAUAAAUACACAGCAUCUGUUUUGAUAGCAGAAUCCGGGCAGCCUGAAGUACCCUUGGAUAGACAAUUUCUUGCCAAGGAGCUGAAUAUAGUUGAAGAUGCAAGUGGAAAAUCAGUCAGACCUCUCCUGUACGGAAUUCUCUCUCAUUUCUUACAUGGUGAUAAAGAAGAAAGUACCCAGAAUAUCCCUCCUAAAGUGUCUUUGCUGACUUAUCCAAAGCAGAACCCUGUGAAACAACCUGCUGAGAGAAAUCAAAAAGACAGAAUUCCAGAACCAGGAAGGAUGGCUGGCACUAACAUCGAAGAACCUCUUAUUUUACAAAAUAUAAAGAGAUGAUAUCUUGGCAUUAUCUAUUUUCUCAUUUCAAGGUCUGUUAGAUUCAAUUUAGGACAUUUCUUCAUUGCAUAACUUUCUCCAAUAAAUCCAGUGGGACCAUUUUAGCUUCUAACAUCUACUCAAGCGACACAAUGACAAGGUUAUACUUAUUGUCAAUUUAAGUGUUAGCAAAGCUCUCUUUCCCCAGUGCCUAUAGAAGGAAAACUGUAUAAGGACUCACAUUAAUGAAUCCUGUGUCUAGAUUUAUCCUGAAUAUAGUGGGUUUAUCCAAUAAUUUUUUAUAUAAUAACUUACAAUUUCUGCACUUUUAUCUUUGUGUGUUUUGCCUGUAUUUCUGAAUAAAAUUUUUCAAUUUUA